AUGGCUUCGCGUUUGGCUAAGAGCGCCCUUGGCGCCACCCGGCUCCGCCCGACCCUUCCCACGCGCAACGUCGCUCCCAUCACUGCCACCUUGACCGCGUCUCGUUCGGCCUCCAACGUCCCGACCGAGGACCCCAAGAAGAAGGCCCAGUCGAUCAUCGAUGCUCUCCCCGGCAACUCCCUGGUCUCCAAGACCGCCGUCCUGUCUGCCGCCGCCGGUCUCUCCAUCGCCGCCAUCAGCAACGAGCUCUAUGUCAUGAACGAGGAAACCGUGGCUGCCUUCUGUCUUCUCAGCGUCUUCACUGCCGUUGCCAAGUACGGUGGUCCCGCCUACCGCGAGUGGGCCGAUGCUCAGGUCCAGAAGCACAAGGACAUCCUGAACGCUGCCCGUGCCGACCACACCAACGCCGUCAAGCAGCGUAUGGAGAGCGUCCAGGAGCUCUCCAGCGUUGUUGAGCUCACCAAGCAGCUCUUCGCUGUCUCCAAGGAAACCGCUCAGCUUGAGGCUCAGGCCUACGAGCUCGAGCAGCGUACUGCCCAGGCCGCCGAGGCCAAGCAGGUGCUCGACUCCUGGGUGCGCUACGAGGGCCAGGUCAAGCAGCGCCAGCAGCGCGAGCUUGCCGAGAGCGUCAUUGGCAAGAUCCACAAGGAGCUUGAGAACCCCAAGGUUCUCCAGCAGAUCCUCCAGCAGAGCGUCGUUGAUGUUGAGCGCAUCAUGUCCACCAAGGCCUAAGAAGUGGACUUGCAUGGAUAGCCUCGUCAGCCUAUGUACAAAUUAAAGAACUUUUCUGUUGUCAAUUAGACACAAGACCAAUGUGGUCAGUUAAAAG